UGUCACAGAAGGCAGCUAGCCACCUGCUUUACACUACGCUUAAUUUAACCAUUUUGAUACACAUUUCUGCUUGGCAUUUCGGGGACACUUGGCGUCAUGAAGGGAAUCAGGUUUUUUGUGGUUUUCUUGGUGCUUUCCGCGUCUCUGCUGUGCACAACCGAAGCGGGCAGGAGCAGGACCAGCAAUCAGAACAGCUUCCGACGGGCAGCUAACGGUAUCUACCAGACCCUGAGCAGUGUUUUCGGAGAGGACAACAUUAGAGGGCUGUACAAGUUUUUCUCCAAAACCACAGAGCGUUUUGUUCAUGGGGUGGACUCAUUUCUUGACACCAUCUGGAAAGUGUGGUCAGAUCUGCUGGAUGUGAUGGGCAUUGACUCCACAAACCUCAGCCACUACUUCAGCGUCACAUCUCUCACAAACUCCCCGGCACGCGCCCUGCUCCUAGUCGCUGCCGUUCUCGUGGCCUACUGGUUCCUCUCCAUGUUCCUGGGGGGCUUCUUUUACCUGCUGCACGCCGUGUUCGGCCGUUUCUUCUGGUUAGCGCGUGUCACACUCUUCGCCCUGUCCUGCCUCUACAUUCUGCAGAAGUUUGAGGGCGACCCUGAGCGUGCGGUGCUGCCGCUAUGCUUCAUCAUGGUGGUGUACUUCAUGACGGGGCCUGUGGGAGCAUACUGGCGUCGCGGAGGCGGGGCAGGUUCACUGGAAGAGAAAAUCGACCACCUGGACACUCAGAUCAGGCUGCUCAACAUCAGGCUGAGCCGCGUCAUUGAUGGCCUGGAACGCUCCGGGGAGCAGUAG